AUGGGCAGCGAGGACAUUGGCCACACUACUCCUGAUUGCAAAGGACUUAGAUACGAAGUGGAUUACCUGUUGAAAAGAGGUCACCUCAGAGAGUUGCUCUCUGAGCGCGGUAGAGCAAUCUGGGAAAAGAGGAAAGUUGAUGACCCAGAAGCAUUGCCACCGCCGCCACCAGUUACUCAAACUUACUGUGUGAUUUCUGGGGGAUCAGAGAUCAGUGGAUUGUCCCACACCUCUGCCAAGAAGCACGAGAAGGAAGCAACAAACCCCACUGCUAGAAUGGCACGUUCCCUUGGAACUUUCACUAAUCAGGUGAUGGUCUUCACGGACGAUGAAGCUACCCAACUGUUACACCCGCACCAUGAUGCUUUGGUGCUCACACUUCAGGUUGCAAACACUAACCUGAAGCGAAUUUUAAUUGACAAUGGGAGUUCCGCCAAUGUGUUGUUCUUGGCUGCCUACAAAGGAAUGGGUCUAGACGAGACCUUGAUAUUAUGGAAGUCAACGGCUCUUAUCGGGUUCAAUGGUGAGGUGAGCCAUUCAGUGGGAGAAGUUGUGUUACCCAUCUAUGCUCCAGGGUUGAACAAGCAGACUCGGUUUUCCAUCGUAGAUUCACCCUCUGCUUAUAAUGCUAUUUUAGGACGACCUUGGUUGCACGCUAUACGGGCCGUACCUUCCACAUAUCAUCAAAUCCUGCGCUAUCCUACCAAUAAUGGUGUUAGGGAGAUUUUGGGAGAUCAACACUCUUCUAGGAGUUGUUAUAAAACCACCAUGAGGAGCAAGGGAGAAUCUUCGUAG